AUGAUGCAUAAUACGCUCCCACCUCCUUCUGCUGGCCAAAACUACGUCUCCGUGACCCCGAUCAACGGAGGCAAAAUCACCCUACCGGAAAAGUCGUUUGUUUUUCCAAGUGACCCCGAGGCCGUUGUUACCGUUCCAUCUCUAAGCUUCCUAAUAGCACAUCCAGGUGUUGAUGGAAGACGCCGACCCAGGUACCUGCUCUUCGACCUAGGUCUCCGAGGUAGAUUGCAAGACUAUAUGAAAGACCAACAAUCACAUUUAAGUUCGCGCGUCCCUUACGAACUUGGUCCUAGUGUUGCUCAAUCCCUGGGCAAUAGCGGUCUGAAUCCAGACCAUAUCGACACCGUGAUCCUCAGCCACCUCCACUACGACCACCACGGGGAUCCAGGCGACUUUCCUCGUGCGCAGUUCUUCGUGGGACCCGGCUCGCUGAAGCUCCUUAGCGACGGCCUGGGAAUAAACGCCUCACACCAAGUAUUUGAUCCAGAUUUAUUCCAUGGAGUUUCACGGGUGAGCGAACUGCCGAGCCCUAGCACACCUUUAUGGCAACCGCUUGGUCCCUUCAAAGCCACGCUUGACUUACUACACGAUGGAUCCAUCUACGUCAUUGAUGCGCCGGGUCAUCUCCCAGGACACAUCAACCUUCUUUGUCGUCUUGGUCCCAAGGAAUGGAUGUAUUUAGGCGGUGAUAGUUGUCACGAUUUGCGCUUGCUUAGUGGGGAGAGAGAGAUUGCUACGUGGGUGGAUGCGCAUGGCCACAGGGGCUGCAUUCAUGUGGACAAAGACCGAGCUGAAGAGACUCUUUCGAGAAUUUGGAGCCUUCAACAGAUGACCGAGGUGGCGGUGGAGGUUGUAAUGGCACAUGAUGUACACUGGUGGGAAACGAACCAAUAUCGCGCUUUGCCGGCACUCGGACAUUAG